AGACAAAGGGGGGAGCGGGAGAUCGUGAAUCCUGCCCAGUUACACAAGCCCGGCCUUCCGAACGGUAGCCUCUCGGCGCCGAGGUGUUUCCGUCCAGGGAGAGCGGUCGAUCCCGAGGCCGGCUCCAGCAAUGGCCUUCGCAAAUCUGCAGAAAGUGCUCAUCAGUGACAGCCUGGACCCUUGCUGCCGGAAGAUCCUGCAAGAUGGAGGGCUGCAGGUGGUGGAGAAGCAGAACCUGAGCAAAGAGGAGCUGAUCGCCGAGCUGCAGGACUGCGAAGGCCUUAUCGUGCGCUCGGCCACCAAGGUGACGGCGGACGUCAUCAACGCAGCAGAGAAGCUCCAGGUGGUGGGCAGGGCCGGCACCGGCGUGGACAACGUGGAUCUGGAGGCCGCCACGAGGAAGGGCAUCCUGGUCAUGAACACUCCCAACGGGAACAGUCUCAGUGCCGCGGAGCUCACCUGUGGGAUGAUCAUGUGUCUGGCCAGGCAGAUUCCCCAGGCGACGGCUUCGAUGAAGAAUGGCAAAUGGGACCGAAAGAAGUUCAUGGGCACCGAGUUGAACGGCAAGACCCUGGGAAUUCUUGGCCUGGGGAGGAUCGGGAGAGAGGUGGCCGUCCGGAUGCAGUCCUUCGGGAUGAAGACGGUAGGGUACGACCCCAUCAUCUCACCAGAGGUCUCGGCCUCCUUUGGCGUUCAGCAGCUGCCCCUGGAGGAGAUCUGGCCCCUCUGUGACUUCAUCACUGUGCACACCCCUCUCCUGCCUUCCACGACAGGCCUGCUGAACGACAGCACCUUCGCCCUGUGCAAGAAGGGCGUGCGCGUGGUGAACUGCGCCCGCGGAGGGAUCGUGGACGAGGGCGCCCUGCUCCGGGCCCUGCAGUCGGGGCAGUGCGCGGGCGCAGCGCUGGACGUGUUCACAGAGGAGCCGCCGCGGGACCGCGCCUUGGUGGACCACGAGAACGUCAUCAGCUGCCCCCACCUGGGCGCCAGCACCAAGGAGGCCCAGAGCCGCUGCGGGGAGGAGAUCGCUGUCCAGUUCGUGGACAUGGUGAAGGGGAGAGCCCUUGCGGGGGUCGUGAAUGCCCAGGCCCUUACCAGCGCCUUCUCUCCGCACACCAAACCUUGGCUCGGUCUGGCUGAAGCUCUGGGGACUCUGAUGCGAGCCUGGGCGGGGUCCCCCAAAGGGACCAUCCAGGUGGUAACGCAGGGUGAGCGGGGGACCCUGCAGAGGGAAGGGAACUGCCUGAGCCCCGCAGUCAUUGUCGGCCUCCUCAGAGACGCCUCCAAUCACGCGGACGUGAACCUGGUGAACGCCAAGCUGCUGGUGAAGGAGGCCGGCCUCAAUGUAACCUCCUCCCAUAACCCCGCUGUGCCAGGAGAGCAAGGAUGCGGGGAAGGCCUCCUGAGCGUGGCCCUGGCAGGUGCCCCCUACGAGGCUGUGGGCUUUGUCCAGGGCACCACACCUGUGCUGCAGGCACUCAACGGAGCUGCCUUCAGACCAGAAGUGCCUCUCCGCAGGGGGCUGCCCCUGCUCCUGUUCCGGGCUCAGCCCUCCAACCCUGCCAUGCUGCCUACCAUGAUUGGGCUCCUGGCGGAGGCAGGCGUGCAGCUGCUGUCCUACCAGACCUCGGUGGUGUCCGACGGGGAGACCUGGCACGUCAUGGGCAUCUCCUCCCUGCUGCCCAGCCUGGACGCCUGGAAGCAGCAUGUGACUGAGGCCUUUCAGUUCCAUUUCUGACCUUGGGGCUCACCGGGACCAGCCUUGGGGGCUUUGUGAUCAACACGGAGAGGUCACAUCCCCGGGGCUGACACCACUUACGUGGUCUGACCCCUGUAAUAACCACCUAAUAAACAGCCCACCCCCCCACCCCCAA